AUGCCGAGAGACAAGACAACAAUAUCGUUUUUAAGGUACGCUGUUUCUGUUUCCAUUUCCAAUUCGAGAUCAUACUCUCACUGUCUCCAACAUUUCAAUGAUGAUGUUGAUGCUGUUUCCUUGUUCAAUCGAAUUCUCCAUAAGAACCCCACCCCACCCGCCAUUGAAUUUGACAUGAUUUUAUGUUCUCUUUCCAAAGCCAAACAUUACCAUGCUGUUGUUUCUCUUUCUCAGCUAAUGGAACUGAAUAGACUUACUCCUGAUUUUGUAUCUCACGGCAUCCUCAUCAAUUCUCUCUCUCAAUUGGGUCAUAUUGCUUUUGCUUUUUCUGUUUUUGCAAAGAUUCUCAAGAGGGGUUAUCACCCAAAUGUCAUAAUCUUCAAUACACUCAUCAAGGCUCUCUGUCUCAAAGAUCACCUCUAUAAAGCAUUGCAAUUUCAUGACAAGCUUCUAGCUCUGGGAUUUCAGCUUGACCAAGUUACCUAUGGGACAUUGAUCAAUGGCUUAUGCAAGGCAGGACAAACAAGGGCUGCUCUACAGUUGCUUAGACAAGUUGAUGGAAAGUUGGUCCGGCCUAAUGUCGUAAUGUACACUACAAUCAUUGAUGGUAUGUGCAAAGAUAAUCUUGUUAAUGAUGCCUGUGAUUUAUAUUCUGAAAUGGUUGCUAAGAGAAUCUCUCCUAACGUUUUCACUUAUAAUGCAUUAAUCUACGGCUUUUGCAUUGUUGGUAAACUCAAAGAAGCUAUUCAUUUGUUUAAUAAAAUGAUAUUGGAAAACAUCAGCCCGAAUGUGUAUACUUUUAAUAUAUUGGUUGAUGCUUUUUGUAAGGAAGGAAACAUGAAAGAAGCGCAAAAUGUGUUAGCUAUCAUGAUUAAAAAAGACACUAAACUUAAUGUUGUUACCUAUAAUUCUUUAAUGGAUGGAUAUUGUCUUGUAAGUGAAGUGAACAAGGCAAAGGAUAUAUUCAAGACUAUGGUCCAAAGGGGAGUAACUCCUAAUAUUUGGAGCUACAAUAUCAUGAUUAAUGGAUUCUGUAAGAUUAAAGCGGUAGACAAAGCUAUAAGUCUCUUCAAAGAAAUGCGUUGUAGAAAAAUCAUUCCUGAUACGGUAACUUAUAAUUCCCUUAUUGAUGGCUUGUUCAAAUUGGGAAGAAUCUCAUAUGCUUUGGAGCUUAUCGAUGAGAUGUGUGAUAGAGGUCAACUACCUAAUAUAAUUAUGUACAAUUCUAUAUUGGAUGCUUUGUGCAAUCACCGUCAAGUUGAUAAGGCAAUUGCAUUGUUAACGAAGUUUAAAGACAAGGGUAUUCAACCAAAUAUGUGUACAUACAAUAUUCUUAUCAAGGGAUUGUGCCAAAGUGGAAGACUAGAGGAUGCACGAAAAGUUUUUGAAGAUCUUUUGCUCAAAGGCUAUAAUAUAAAUGUCUACACAUAUACCAUUAUGAUCCAAGGGUUUUGUGACAAAGGCUUGCUUGAUGAAGCGACGGCCUUGCUGUCAAAAAUGAAAGACAAUGGUUGCCUUCCAAAUGCUAUAACUUAUGAAAUAGUUAUUUCUUCUCUAUUUGAAAAUAAUGAACAUGAUAAGGCAGAGAAACUUCUUCGUGAAAUGAUUGCGAGAGGUCUAUUUAAAGAUUACAAACUAGGAUUGGAGCUGAACUGCAAGUUAUCACAUGCGGCCAAGAUCUCCGUGUGCAACGAAAGUAGUGUGUUCUGA